AUGAAGGUUGACAUACAAAAUCACGUCGAUCAUCUUCCGGCGCUCAACGGUAUCACCGUAUCAUCCACCCAUGAUCCACUCAUACUGGAUGAAACAUGUCUGAUGCUGUCGAACUUACUGACGAGAAGCAGCCGGAUGGCUUCGAAAGUGCCAACAAUUUGCGAUGGAACGGCUAGUGUCGACGCGAAAUCGAGCGAGAUUGAUAGGGAACUAUCGAUUUCGGUCAUAACCGAGGAAGACACCGUGGACGUUUUGGAUCUGCUGAAACGAUUUUUCUUCAAGGAUGAACCCCUCAAUACAUACGUCCAGCUCGGCGAGUGCAAGGAAUUGGAGAAGUAUUGCACCAAAAGCCUGGGAGAACACUCUUCCUUCAAGGCCGUUAAUUCGAGAGGCGAAAUUGUGGGAGUCAUCCUGAACGGCACAAUCAUGAAACCGCAACCGGGCGAUGAACCACCGGAAAAGUUGGCCACCAACUGUGCGCAUCCCAAAUUUAGGAAAAUCAUGGGCUUAAUGGACCACGUGGACGAGAUAUUCGACAUCUUCGAGUUGUACCCGGACAUCGAUCGAUUUUUGGACUGUAAAAUCAUGUCGGUGGACACAAACUACCGUGGUCUGGGCAUUGCAGGCAUGCUGACGGAUCGCACACUGGAGUAUGCUUCCCAAAACGAUAUUAAGCUGAUACACGUCCUAUGUAGCAGCCACUUUUCGGCCCGCGUCAUGGAGAAGAUGGACUUUACGGAGGUGUUCCGUUUACCGUACGCGGACUACCUCGUUAACGGCGAGCAGGUAUUCGACCCCGAGAAACCUCACGUGGCGUUGCGAAUCUUGACGAAACGAUUAGAUCACUAG